AUGCAUAACAAACUUAUUGAUAUAAUCAAACAAGUUGGUGCAAAUGGGUUAAUAUUUUUUACAUUUAGUGCAGCUGAUUUACAUUGGCUAGACCUUCACAACCUUAUAUCAAAUAUUAGCAAUAUUAUAGAUGUUAGCUUAGUACAGGCUAUUCAAACAUGUUAUCAUAAUCUAAAUGAAAAUUUACAUAUAGCAACAUGGUUUUUUAUAUGUCGAUUUGAAAAAGUUUCUAAUACACCAGUUGUUGACUGGAAUGCUAUGCAACAGAAUGAAAAUUCAAUGAACAAUAUAAUUGCAUAUAUUGAUUUAAUUGUUACAGCUAUGAAUCCAAAUACAACAACAAUAUAUACCUCAGAACAACAUCUCUAUCUUAGUAAAGCAGAAUUAUUUUUAGAGCUAGCUAAAUAUAAUCAGAUCGAAAGCAAUUUUUAUAACAAUAAUAAUGAGGUUUUUAUUGAUCCAAGUACAUUAAAUGACAAACAAAGAAAAAUUUAUAAUUAUGUAACUUUACAUUAUUUUAAAACUUUACCAAAUUCAACCAACCAAUCAAUUGAGUCUUUAUAUGCUAUUAUUAUAGGUAUUGCUAGUAUCAGUAAAUCCUAUAUAAUUAAGGCCAUUCAUAAUUAUAUAUUUGAAAUAGCACAAAAAUAUAAAAUUAAUCCAAAGGAAGAACCACCUAUCUUAAUUCUUGCACCAACAGGUGUCAUAGCAUUUAAUAUAAAUGAAGAAAAAUCUGGAAUUUGUUUUCAUAUGCAAUUUCCAUUGUGCCUUGCUUGGGCAAUUACAAUUCACAAGUCACAAGAUUUAACAUUAUUACAAACUGUAUUAGACAUUGACAAUAAAGAAUUUGCUAUUGGUUUUAUAUUCAUAGCUGUAGCAAGAGUCUAUACUCUUUCUGAUCUUCUUUUCAGUAGUACUUUUUCUUAUGAUAGAUUACAAAAAUUAGAUAAAAGUACAUGUCUACAACAAAGAUUAGCUAAAGAGCAGAAAUUACUUUCUUUGUAA